CUAGGAAUAUAAUUCACUCAUCAACCUACCUAGUCAGCGCGAAUAUUAAAGAAUUUACACUCCAUCAUGAGUCCCCCCAGCACAAUGAACUUUUGGCUUCGAGGGCUUUCCAAAUUGCAGUGUUCUAUGUCGCAGGUGCAAACAGUCGAACAAUUGCUUCGACCAUCUUUAGCCUCGCACCCAUGUUACUCAUCGGUCCUGUCUAGUUCUGCCAGUCACAGUGCUCAGCAGCAACGAUCACAUUAUGCCUUUUGUAAGCAGGGUCGUCGGAAUUCUUCACAGCUAGCUCGGGCGAUCGCGCCACGUCCUGGGACUGCGGCGGAAACUUAUAUCGCUUUUGGUUUGACACAAAAGCUAUUUGAAGCCUGCUCCACCCAGGCAGACUAUAGCAUACCUCAGUUAUCUCAGAAGGGGGCCCAAGUCCCUAAGACCGAGGCCGGCGAAGACUUGGGAGUAGGCCAGGGAUGGUGGUAUGAAGGCCGUGCCACAAGUACAAGACUAACGAGCCUGCUGGCAGAACUGGGUCUCGCUCCCACAUUUUCGACGUGGUCACAGGUUACUUUUCUUCACAUGUACCUUCUAACGGUCCGGUUACGCGCGCUGCCAUCACAUGACAGUUUUCAGACAUACUCCCAGCACCUGAUCGAUCAUUUUUCACAUGAUGCAGAGCACCGCAUGGAUGUGCUUCAUGGCUUGACAGGUCGUGCUAUUCGAAAUAAAUUCCUCAAGGAUCUCUUCAUCCAAUGGCGUGGUGUUCUAGCAGCCUACGACGAAGGCCUCGUCAAAGGAGAUGCCGUUUUAGGAGCUGCCGUCUGGAGGAAUCUGUGGAAGGCGAGUCAUAAUGGACCAGGCGCCAAAGAUUUGGAUUGGUCAAAGAUAGCUCAUGUCGUCGCAUAUAUGCGAAGAGUGCUCUCUGAGCUCUCUCAGGUGAAUGAAGCCGAUCUGAUUACUCAGUUGGGACGGCAAAAGAGCGGGAAACCGGGCAUUUUCACCUGCUCUAACAUUGACAGAAACAUGGUGAAUGGUACUCGCUGA